UUCACCCCGUCUGUCGGGCGGCCGCGGAGAGGCAGAAGGCGGGGGAACGACUUAGUUUUUUUUUGCCUGAUAUGUAGAACGCUCGAGACAGAGGAGACCUUAUGGCGACGGCGGAGGAGACCGGCGACGGGCUGGAGUUUCUCUCAGAUCCGGUCGACAGGUUUCCCCUGCCGGAUCUUGAAGGCACAGAUUUCAGCCCGGAUGGCGAGGAAGAUACUAUUCUCACACAAUCGGCUGCUGAAUCAAGCAUGGGGGAUGUUGGCGAUCCGGCGCCUGCUCUCCAAUUAGCCAUCGACAGUACGUGCGAUGCACUAAUCUUACCAACGACAAAUUCGCAAUGCUCAGCUAAAGAGGAAGGCGAUGAAGCGACCGGAUGGGCAAAAAGCAGAGUUCGAGUCAGGCAAGCUCCUAUUGAACGUCCGCCUUGUGCGGGGAGGGUUUCCGCUCUUGAAAAAAGUCUCAGAGGAUAUGCAGAGAAGAAAACUGAGACAGUGGUGGUACCAGCUGUUGGAAACAACUUUGAUUCAUUGGGAGAAGCAUACGACUACUACAAUCUAUAUUCUUGGGAAAUAUGAUUUGGAAUAAGAUAUGGCAAAAGUAGGCUCAAUGUGGAGAGAACUAAGUGUAUGCAAGAGAUAGUAUGUGGAUGCUCGGGAAAACCAAAAAAAGGAAACACCCGCACAAUUCAAUGUGAGUGCCCGGCAAUGAUACGCCUCCUUCGAACAAAUGACAGUGGAUGAUACAUAUGUGAACACCGUCCAUCACACAACCAUGCUUUGACAGCCAGAUGUGGUGAGAAUCUGUACUGGCCUUCACAUAAGCAUAUUGAUAUAUAUACACGGGACCUUGUGAAGCAGCUUAGAGAGAACAACAUCAGCAUUGGUAAAGUCUACAACAUAAUUGGUAGCUUCUUCGAGUCAAUGAGCAAUGUCCCUUUCAGUAAGCGGGCUUUGAGGGGGCUAUGUGGCGAGAUAAGCCGAGGCCAAGCAGAUGAUGAUGUCCGAAAAACUAUGGAUGUUUUCACAGAACUGGGCACAAAGGAUGCAGGUUUGUACUACAGAGUACAGCCUGACUGUGAUAGCCGGAUAAGGAAUUUAUUGUGGUCAACUGGAGCAAGCAGGAUGCAGUACCAUUACUUUGGAGAUGCAAUAACAUUUGACACCACAUACCGGACAAACUAUAUGAUAUGCCAUUUGGGCUGUUCGUUGGAGUGAACAACCACUACCAAAGUAUUAUAUUCGGAGGUGUGCUUGUCAGGGAUGAAACAUGUGAAACUUUCGAGUGUGUGUUCAGUGAAUUAUCUGCAUGAUGGGUGGCAAAAAUCCACAAACCAUACUAACAGAGCUAUGGAACUUGCAUUGGAAAAGGUAAUGCCAAACACCACACAUCGCUGGUGCAAAUGGCAUGUUCUUAAAAAGUCCAAAGAAAAGUUGGGAGCAUACUACACAAAGCGAAGUAACUUCAUAGCAGAGUUUCAUAAAAUUGUGAACCACAUGCUCACAGUUGAUGAAUUUGAAAAAGCGUGGUCAGAGCUGAUUGAUAAGUACAGUCUGCAAAAAAACACUUACUUGGCAAACAUAUAUGAAGUCAGAUCAAAAUGGGCCAAACCAUACUUCAAUGGGAAAUUUUGCGCGAAAAUGACAAGCACACAACGCAGUGAGAGUGCAAAUCAUAUGCUCAAAGGAUAUGUCCCAGCAAGCUGCCCGAUGCACUUAUUUGUAAGACAGUAUAUGAGACUUCUUUUUGACCGAGAAGCAAAUGAAAACUAUGAAGAACGGCGAACAAAAAUAGUGUUACCUGCUAUGAAGCUUAAUUCACCACUAGAAUACCAUGCAAGCAAGAUCUACACUAUCGCAAUGUUAGAGAAAUUUGGUGAUAUCCUAUAUGAAGCACAACAAUACAGAGUAGAGGAGGUUGAAAAAGCAUCAAAAUAUUAUGUACAUCGAUAUAACCCCAAGAAGCAUGCCAAGUGGUGCAAAGUUAUGUACAUAGUGCAUGUGCUUCAAGAUGGGGAAGAGCUUAUCUGUGAAUGUGCUGGCUUCGAGCACAUUGGGUUACUUUGCUGUCAUUCACUCAAGGUGCUUGAUUUUUUGGGUAUAUCCACAAUACCAUCGAAGCACAUCAUCAAAAGAUGGACUAGGGAUGCACGAGAUAUACUCCCAGGACACUUGGCACACCUGCAGAAAGACCAAAUCUCAGCUAAUUCCAUCACAUUCAGACAUACCAAUCUUUAUACCCAUGCUUUGGAGGUUGUAAGACUUGGCGAUGCGAAUCCAAUUGCAUAUGACUGUGCAAUGGAUCUUCUUAGAUCAGCUAUGGAUAAACUCACUCCUUUAGCUGCUGAUCAGGAUGGAUUGGGACUGCAGCACAGACUAGAAUUCAAAAAAUUGAAAGUUUCAGAGCUAAGUCUAGUACAUGUUGAAGGAAAUAUGCCCUAGAGGCAAUAAUAAAGUUAUUAUUUAUUUCCUUAUAAUCAUGAUAAAUGUUUAUUAUUCAUGCUAGAAUUGUAUUAACCGGAGACAUAAUACAUGUGUGAA